AGAGAGACCUCAGCAUCUCAGGGCUCACAGACAGACCCUUCAAAGCGCAGGGCAGACAGGGAACAGCACGCUGAAGACAAGGUGACCAGGCAGCAGUUUCUUGAAGAUUUGACUCCCUGUACAAGUCACUCCUCCUGGUUGUGUGCAGUGGCGAUGUAUCUUGGCCGGCUCCCUCUGCUCCUGGCCGCUCUGCUGGCGUCGGGGGCUCUGUCCCAUGUUCUUGCGAGCGAGGGUCAACGACAGGGGUACAGCAAUGUCCCGGAGGAGGGGGGCCUGCUGGCUGUGCGAAUCCUGAGCAGGGGAGGGGUGCUGCUGCGUUCGCUGCUGGACAUGGGUCUCCCCUCGGAGUGGGGUGCCAUGGAGCACCACUACCCCCAGAGGAAACGGGCUGCCCCCUCCCGCCCAGCCCGGAGGAGCCCCCACGGCACUCGCUUCUCCCUCUCCCUCGACGUUCCCACCAGCAUCCUCAGCAUCCUGCUGGACCUCGCCAGGGCCAAGGACAUGAGGGCCAAGGCCGCCGCCAACGCAGAGCUGAUGGCACGCAUCGGACGCAGGAAAUGAGAUAAACGAGGAGUGACAUAAACAGGGGCUGAAUGGGACCGCUGAAACCAGACCCCCUGUAUCUGUAUCUGUCAUUUAGUUGCCGUGUUUGUCAUUCUCUACUCUGUUUCCCAAUGUGUAACUGUUAAUACAGAUUCGAUUCAUGUUAAAGCUGAUCUGACAACAUCA